AUGCGGUUUUCAAAUUUAUUAAUAUCCAGUAUUUUAUUUGUACUUAAUAUUUUAGUUUUUUCAAAAACUUCUGGUGCUGCUUAUAUCGAAGAUCCAGAUACAACCAAAUGGAUAGCUUCAAUUAAUGAUCAAUUUUCAUCAAGAAAUAUAGUUGAUUAUUAUAUUAGUGAUAAAAAAAAGCCUUUUAAUUUUAAAAAAACUAGUGGAGAUAUGAUUUCAGCCUCUAUCUUGCCAAUGUUAUUUGGUUCGGAUGGAAUUAGUUCUGAGGUAUUUGAUUCAAGUACUGAUACCAUUAGUGUCAUAAGUGAAGAUAUUGCUGAAAUUUAUUAUUUGUUCAAAUAUAAUGAGUCUGUUGACACUGCAGUAAAUGAAGAUUUUGAUUUAGAUACGGGUUUCAGUUUAACGUCUGUUAAAGAUGAUUUAAAAGAAUUAUUAUUUCAAUUGGAAAAAUUACCCACUAAAAUUAAAAGUCAAGAUAUCGGGUUUUUAAGGAUUUAUAAUAAUAUUCUCGAUAAUGAAAAAGAUAUUUUGAAAGAUUUAAAACAUGACUUGUACAGGUUGAAAAAAAAAACCCAUCGCCUUACUAAAGAAUCAGAUACCAAGUUUAGAACCCAUAUAAAAAAAUUAAAAGCCAUUAUGGAAGCUUUACAAACUGAUAACAUCGGCAGUACCCUUGAAAUACCGGAUUCAAUUAAAUAUACUUCAACUAAAAAUGAAGAAAUUAUUGGUGAAAUUGUUGGCAAAUUUAUUGGUGUUAAAAUCGAGCCUUAUUUAAAGGAUAAUGAUAUUAAUGGUGCUUUAACUGCCAUUAGUGAUAUCUUUUCUGAUAUUGGAUUUGUGUUGACUUGUGUUGCCACAUUAAUUUCUUUUUGUUUAAUAACUCAAGGUAUAUUUUUACCUUUAUGUUUAGCAGCUAUUGCUGCUACUGGUGUAGCUGGUCUUACUUUAAUUUUAAGGGUUAUUAAAAAUUUGAAGCUGAUUGGCAUAGCAUGA